UGAAGUUGAUACUUUAUGUUCAGGUGGCACUAUUGCUCUGGUACCCCCAAAAUGGCUCAUCGCAGUGGGCAGGAGGACCCUGAGCGGUACCUGUUUGUGGAUCGUGCUGUGGUCUAUAACCCAGCCACGCAGGCCGACUGGACAGCUAAGAAACUGGUAUGGAUCCCCUCAGAGCGGCACGGCUUUGAGGCAGCCAGCAUAAAAGAGGAACGAGGCGAGGAGGUGCUGGUGGAGCUUGCAGAGAAUGGCAAGAAGGCGAUGGUCAACAAGGACGACAUCCAGAAGAUGAACCCGCCCAAGUUCAGCAAGGUGGAAGACAUGGCAGAGCUCACCUGUCUGAAUGAGGCGUCAGUGCUGCACAACCUCAAGGAUCGCUACUACUCCGGCCUCAUCUAUACAUAUUCUGGGCUGUUCUGUGUGGUGAUAAAUCCCUACAAAAACCUGCCCAUCUACUCAGAGAACAUCAUAGAGAUGUACAGAGGGAAGAAGCGCCAUGAGAUGCCCCCACACAUCUACGCCAUCUCAGAGGCGGCGUAUCGCUGCAUGCUCCAAGAUCGUGAGGACCAAUCAAUCCUUUGCACAGGUGAGUCUGGCGCCGGCAAGACAGAAAACACCAAAAAGGUAAUCCAGUACCUGGCCCAUGUCGCUUCGUCACAUAAAGGACGCAAAGACCACAACAUUCCCCCCGAAUCUCCUAAAGCUUUCAACAAGCUCCAGGGUGAACUGGAACGACAGCUUCUGCAAGCCAAUCCUAUCCUAGAAUCCUUUGGGAAUGCCAAGACGGUGAAAAAUGACAACUCGUCACGUUUUGGAAAGUUCAUCAGAGUCAACUUUGACGUGACCGGCUACAUUGUCGGCGCCAACAUCGAGACCUACCUGCUGGAGAAGUCCCGUGCCAUACGCCAGGCCAAAGACGAGAGGACCUUCCACAUCUUCUACCAGCUGCUGGCAGGAGCUGGGGAGCACCUGAAAACUGACCUUCUGCUUGAGGGCUUCAACAACUACCGCUUCCUGUCCAAUGGCAACAUCACCAUCCCUGGUCAGCAGGACAAGGACAACUUCCAGGAGACCAUGGAGGCCAUGCACAUCAUGAGCUUCUCCCACGAGGAGAUUGUUUGCAUGUUGAAGGUGGUGUCUGCAGUACUACAGUUUGGUAAUGUUGUCUUCAAGAAAGAAAGGAACACAGACCAGGCAUCCAUGCCCGAAAACACAGCGGCCCAGAAGCUCUGUCACCUGCUGGGACUGAAUGUGAUGGAGUUCACCAGAGCCAUUCUUUCCCCCCGCAUCAAAGUGGGCCGGGACUAUGUCCAGAAGGCCCAGACCAAAGAGCAGGCGGACUUUGCGGUGGAGGCCCUGGCCAAGGCCACCUACGAGCGUCUGUUCCGCUGGCUGGUCCACCGCAUCAACAAGGCCCUGGACCGCACCAAGAGACAGGGAGCCUCCUUCAUCGGCAUCCUGGACAUCGCUGGCUUUGAGAUCUUCGCGCUGAACUCGUUUGAGCAGCUGUGCAUCAACUACACCAACGAGAAGCUCCAGCAGCUGUUCAACCACACCAUGUUCAUCCUGGAGCAGGAGGAGUACCAGAGGGAGGGCAUCGAGUGGAGCUUCAUCGACUUUGGCCUGGACCUGCAGCCCUGCAUCGACCUCAUUGAGAAGCCAACCAACCCUCCAGGUGUUCUGGCCCUGUUGGAUGAGGAGUGCUGGUUCCCCAAGGCCACUGAUAAGACAUUUGUGGAGAAGGUUCUCCAGGAGCAGGGCACCCACCCCAAGUUCCAGAAGCCCCGACAGCUGAAGGACAAGGCUGACUUCUGCAUCAUCCACUAUGCUGGCCGGGUGGACUACAAGGCAGACGAGUGGCUGAUGAAGAACAUGGACCCUCUGAACGACAACGUGGCCACGCUGUUGCACCAGUCUGCUGACAAGUUUGUGGCUGAGCUCUGGAAGGAUGUGGAUCGCAUCGUGGGUCUGGACCAGGUAGCAGGGAUGAAUGAGACAGCUUUUGGCGCGGCCUAUAAGACCAAGAAGGGCAUGUUCCGCACAGUGGGCCAGCUCUACAAGGAGUCCCUCACCAAGCUGAUGGCCACACUGAGGAACACCAACCCCAACUUUGUCCGCUGCAUCAUCCCCAACCACGAGAAGAGGGCUGGUAAACUGGACCCCCACCUGGUUCUGGACCAGCUGAGGUGUAAUGGAGUUCUGGAGGGCAUCCGUAUCUGUAGACAAGGCUUCCCCAACCGUAUCGUCUUCCAGGAGUUCAGACAGAGGUAUGAGAUCCUCACUCCCACCGCCAUCCCCAAGGGCUUCAUGGACGGCAAGCAGGCCUGUGAGAGAAUGAUACGAGCGCUGGAGCUGGACCUCAACCUGUUCAGGAUUGGUCAGAGUAAGAUCUUCUUCCGAGCUGGGGUACUGGCUCACCUGGAGGAGGAGAGGGACCUGAAAAUCACUGAUAUCAUCAUCUACUUCCAGUCUGUGUGUCGGGGAUACCUGGCACGCAAGGCAUUUGCUAAGAAGCAGCAGCAGCUGAGUUGUCUGAAGGUUCUUCAGAGGAACUGUUCUGCCUACCUGAAACUGAAGCACUGGCAGUGGUGGAGACUCUUCACCAAGGUGAAGCCCCUGCUGCAGGUGACCAGGCAGGAGGAGGAGAUGCAGGCCAAGGAUGACGAGCUGUUAAAGGUGAAGGAGAAGCAGACCAAGGUGGAGGGGGAGCUGAUGGAGAUGGAGAGAAAGCACUCCCAGCUGAUGGAGGAGAAGAACAUCCUAGCAGAGCAGCUCCAGGCGGAGACGGAGCUGUUCGCUGAGGCUGAGGAGAUGAGGGCUCGUCUGGCCGCUAAGAAGCAGGAGCUGGAGGAGAUCCUCCAUGACCUGGAAUCCAGAGUGGAGGAGGAGGAGGAGAGGAACCAGGGCCUGCAGAACGAGAAGAAGAAGAUGCAGUCUCAUAUCCAGGACCUGGAGGAACAGCUGGACGAGGAGGAGGCAGCCAGGCAGAAGCUCCAGCUUGAAAAGGUGACGGCCGAGGCCAAGAUGAAGAAGUUCGAGGAGGACAUCCUGCUCCUGGAGGACCAGAACUCCAAGUUCCUUAAGGAGAAGAAACUUCUGGAGGACCGUGUCAAUGAGAUGAUGUCCCAGCUGACUGAAGAAGAGGAGAAAGCCAAGAACCUGGGCAAGACCAAAAACAAACAGGAAGUGAUGAUGGUGGACCUGGAAGAUCGACUGAAGAAGGAGGAGAAGACACGUCAGGAGCUGGAGAAGGCCAAGAGGAAGCUGGAUGGAGAGACCACAGAUCUGCAGGACCAGAUAGCUGAGCUGCAGGCUCAGAUCGAGGAGCUGAAGUUGCAGCUGGCCAAGAAGGAGGAAGAGCUGCAAGCUUUACAGGCCAGGGGAGAUGAUGAGGUGAACCAGAAGAACAAUGCCCUGAAACAGGUGCGAGAGCUACAGGCCCAGCUGGCAGAGCUUCAGGAGGACUUGGAAUCAGAGAAGAUCUCCAGGAACAAGGCUGAGAAACUCAGGAGAGACCUGAGUGAGGAGCUGGAGGCUCUAAAAACAGAGCUGGAGGACACCCUGGACACCACUGCAACCCAGCAGGAGCUCAGGACCAAGCGAGAGCAGGAGGUGACCGAAUUGAAGAAGGCCAUCGAUGAGGAGACAAAGAACCAUGAGGCCCAGGUCCAGGAGAUGAGACAGAGGCACUCCACUGCCCUGGAGGAGUUAUCUGAGCAGCUGGAGCAAGCCAAGAGGUUCAAGGCCAACUUGGAGAAGAACAAGCAGAGUAUGGAGGGCACCAACAAGGAGCUGGUUAGUGAGGUGAAGGUGCUGCAGCAGGCCAAGACAGAGUCAGAACACAAGAGGAAGAAGCUAGAAGCUCAGGUCCAGGAGUUCAUGACCCGCUUCGCCGAGGGGGAGAAGACCAAGGGAGAGCUAGCCGAGCGCAACCACAAACUACAGACAGAGCUGGAUAACGUGUCUGCUUUACUGGAGGAUGUAGAAAGAAAGGGAAUGAAGCUGGCCAAAGAUACCACCAGCCUGGAGAGUGUCUUACAGGACACACAGGAGCUUCUCCAGGAGGAGACGCGUCAGAAACUGAACUUGACCAGUCGUAUCCGCCAGUUAGAGGAGGAGAAAAGCACCCUCCAGGAGCAGCAGGAGGAGGAUGAGGAGGCUCGCAGGAACCUGGAGAAACAGCUGUGCACACUGCAAGCCCAGCUGGUUGAGACCAAGAAGAAGCUAGAGGAUGAUGUUGGGAUGGUGGAGGGUCUAGAGGAGGGCCGGAGGAAACUGCAGAAGGACAUGGAGAUGACCACCCUGAAACUGGAAGAGAAGGCCAUUGCCUUUGAGAAGAUGGAGAAGACCAAGACCCGGCUGCAGCAGGAGCUAGACGACCUCAUGGUGGACCUGGACCACCAGAGAACUAUUGUCUCCAACCUGGAGAAGAAGCAGAAGAAGUUUGACCAGCUGCUGGCUGAGGAGAAGUCCAUCUCGGCACGCUAUGCUGAGGAGAGAGACAGGGCUGAGGCAGAGGCCAGAGAGAAGGAGACCAAGUCCCUGUCCCUGGCCCGGGCUCUGGAGGAGGCUCUGGAAGCCAAAGAGGAGUUUGAGAGACUCAACAAGCAGCUGAGGACUGAGAUGGAGGACCUGAUGAGCUCCAAGGAUGACGUGGGCAAGAAUGUCCAUGAGCUGGAGAAGUCCAAGCGUGGCAUGGAGCAGCAGCUGGAAGAGAUGAGGACUCAGCUGGAGGAGCUGGAGGACGAGCUGCAGGCCACAGAGGACGCCAAGCUGCGUCUGGAGGUCAACAUGCAGGCCAUGAAGGCCCAGUAUGAGAGAGACCUGGCAGGACGAGACGAGAUGGGCGAGGAGAAGAAGAGACAGCUGGUCAAGCAGGUUCGUGAGAUUGAGGCAGAGCUGGAGGAUGAAAGGAAGCAGAAAGCCCUGGCCGUGGGCGCCAAGAAGAAGCUGGAGAUGGACCUAAAGGACAUGGUGGGACAGAUAGAGGGGGCCAACAAGGCCCGUGACGAAGCCAUAAAACAGCUACGCAAACUACAGGCUCAGAUGAAGGACUACCAGAGGGAGUUAGAGGACGCCCGGGCCUCUCGGGAUGAGAUAUUCUCCCAGUCCAAGGAAAACGAGAAGAAGCUCAAGAGCCUGGAGGCAGAAGUUCUCCAGCUACAUGAGGACCUGGCGGCAUCAGAGAGGGCACGACGCCAUGCCGAGCAGGAACGGGAUGAGCUAGCGGAUGAGAUCUCCAACAGCACCUCCGGCAAGUCUGCCCUGAUGGAUGAGAAGAGGAGGCUGGAGGCUCGCAUUGCUCAGCUGGAGGAGGAGCUGGAGGAGGAGCAGAGCAACAUGGAGUUGCUGAACGACCGCUUCCGCAAAACCACCAUGCAGGCGGACAGCUUGACCUUGGAGCUGGUGUCAGAGCGCAGUGUGGCCCAGAAAAGUGAGAACGCACGGCAGCAGCUGGAGAGGCAGAACAAGGAGCUGCGGGCCAAGCUGGGCGAGCUGGAGGGCUCUGUAAAGAACCGGUUCAGGGCCUCCAUCACUGCCCUGGAGGCCAAGAUACUGCAGCUGGAGGAACAGUUGGAGCAGGAAGCAAAGGAGCGAGCAACAGCCAAUAAGAUUGUGAGACGGACCGAGAAGAAGUUGAAGGAGGUCUGCAUGCAGGUGGAGGACGAGCGUCGCCAUGCCGACCAGUUCAAGGAACAGAUGGAAAAGGCCAACUCGCGCAUGAAGCAGCUCAAGAGGCAGUUGGAGGAGGCAGAGGAGGAGUCUACCAGGGCCAACGCCUACCGCAGGAAACUGCAGAGGGAGCUGGAUGACGCAACCGAGGCCAGCGAGGGCCUCAGCCGCGAGGUCAACACGCUGAAGAGCCGUCUCAGGCGAGGAGGCCCCGUCAGUUUCUCAGCCAGCCGCUCCGGGAGGCGCCAGCUGCAGGUGGAGGGGUCAUCGCUUGACCUCCUCUCCGAUGACGACGUGGAAAACAAGCCCACUGACGCCAACGCCAAUGAGAGCCCGGCGACGCCCCAGCCAGAGUAGAAGCUGUCCCUCCAGCCCGCGUGAAGCAUGGCCUCCAACCUCCGACCGCUACCCCUACACCCAGACACCAGCACUGGAUCCCUACUCCUGGCUGUAGGAGCCACUACUCUGCCUUCCGCCCUGCUGGCAAACUGCAGGGCCAAGCGAAUCCAUAAUCACCUCCAUGUGGAUAUACAGUACUUCAUAUCAAGCCUUGGACUUUUUAAGACCAACUUCAAAUUAAAGGGCAUUUAAAUUGCAUACGAGGAGGAUGGACCGUGCAUAGGCACUCAAACGAAUAGAAUAACAAGCUAGCUCCCUGGAACAGAAUUACAUUCAAACAGCAUUCUAGCUAAAAGUGAACCACUGUCAUUUCAGUUGGCUAAGUGUCACGAAGCAAGUUUCUUCUGCGAUUGUACUGAAUUUGGACCAGGGUGUUUUUUGCGACGAAGCACAGCAUAAGCAAGGUACUGAAAAUUAAGUAGCAGCUUUAACAACAAUCCCACUUAAUUUUUAUGUUCUGAAGUCAAAACCAUUGUCAUAAA